AUGACUAGUCCUGAUCAAAUUGCAGCUCAGAUACUGAGCACCAAAUCCCUCUCAGUCGCCCAACCCUGGCUCAAUGCCUUUCUAUCAUCAUCCAGCACAGCACAACGCAAUAUCCCCCCAUCUGCUCUCGCAAAGACGGCUAUAUUCCGUCUCCUCGCCUCCGAUAUCAAAGAAUCACUCUCCAAACACAGAUCAUGCGUAUUACCUGUCGACAUCCACGACCCGAAGGUCCAAGAGCAACGGCUACAAGGCUCAAUCCCCGUGCAAGUGCUAGACAUCGAAGACAUAGGCACGAGCUUAUGGAGCCAGAUCGAAGCGAUUGAACGCGUUGAGCGCGGCGAAGCAAUCCGUGGCCGUGAAAUCGUGCGCACAGUAGCUGUAGGCGAGGAUCCUGAAGCGUCAGAGAACAAUCGCGCGAAUAACAACCCUACGAGUGGUGCUGCGAGUGCGUCCGGGAACAGUGGGUAUGGGCCGCACCGGUUGAUUCUUCAGGAUGCAGCGGGCACGAUAGCCGUUGGUGUUGAAAUGCAACGUAUUGAUGGGAUAGCGUUGGAGAAACUUUCUAUUGGGGCGAAGCUCUUGCUCCGUAAUCCAUCUGUUGCGAGAGGCAUGGUGCUGCUUUCUCCGGAGUCUGUUACUUUGCUCGGAGGCAAGAUUGAGGCUUUGGAUAAACCGUGGAGGGAGGGUAGGAAGGCUAGGUUGCUAGAGAAGACCGCAGGUGUCGAGAGAUAA